AUGGACCGUUGUCAAGCUGUCUGCUCUGAACCAGCCUGGCCUGUUGAAUCGGAUCUGAACGUUCAGGUGGUGAGGGCUCUGGUGGGUACUGCUGAUGAUGCAGUUCUGGAUACCUUCUACGUCCAGAACGCUGCUGGCAACAAGAUUGAAGAUCCGGCUGAACUCGAUAUCCUGAAGAAGGCUCUCGAGGUUCUGGCCGUCCCCGUGGCGUCUCCGCCAGCCGUGCGUCCCUCCGCGGUGCAGGUUGGGAGCCCUGCAGUGGACCUCCGGAAGCGGCUCAAGGACGUGUAUCUGAGCAACGACGUGCUCUCCAUCCAAGAGAGCAUCGUGAACCACGUGGAAUACACUCUCGCCCGCGAUCGCCACCAUUUCGACUCGUAUGAGUGCUAUCAAGCAGUGGCUCACAGCGUGAGGGAUCGCCUGAUCGAGAGCUGGAAUGACACUAAUGAGCACUUCCGCGCCGCUGACCCCAAGCGUGUCUACUACCUCUCCAUGGAAUUCCUCAUGGGCCGGUCGCUGCUCAACAGCCUCUACAAUCUCAACCUGCACGAUGUCUACGCCCAGGCUCUCUCACAGCUUGGGUACAAACUGGAAGAUGUUGUGGAGCAGGAGCGUGAUGCUGCACUUGGCAACGGCGGUCUUGGAAGGCUCGCAGCCUGCUUCCUUGACAGCAUUGCCACCCUCGACCUUCCCGGAUGGGGGUACGGCAUUCGCUAUCAGUACGGCAUGUUCCGUCAGACCCUUGAGAAUGGGUUCCAGCACGAGCAGCCCGACUACUGGCUCACCUUCGGCAAUCCAUGGGAGAUUGAACGGACUAACAUUUCGUACACUGUGAAGUUCUACGGCCACGUGGAGCAGUACACGGACAGCAGGGGCUACCAGCGCUUCAACUGGGUUCCCGGGGAGCAGGUGCAAGCAGUGGCGUACGACAACCCAGUGCCCGGCUACGGCACCAACAACACCAUCAACCUGCGCCUGUGGGCUGGCAAGCCCUCCACAGAGUUCGAUCUGCAGUCCUUCAACACGGGCGACUAUGUCGCUGCCAUUCUCUCCAAGCAGCGCGCGGAGUCGAUCAGCAGCGUGCUGUACCCCGACGACCGCAAGCCGCAGGGCAAGGAGCUGCGCCUGAAGCAGCAGUUCUUCAUGGUCUCCGCGUCGCUGCAGGACAUCAUCCGCCGCUUCAAGCGGACCGAAACCGACUUCACCAAGCUCCCCGAGAAGGCGGCGAUGCAGCUGAACGACACGCAUCCGACGAUCAGCGUGGCGGAGCUGAUGCGGCUGCUGAUGGACGAGGAGGGGCUGGGGUGGACGCUGUCGUGGCAGAUCACGCAGAAGGUCUUCGCCUUCACCAACCACACCGUGCUGCCCGAAGCCCUCGAGAAGUGGCCCGUCAGCCUCAUGGAGAGCCUGCUGCCGCGCCACAUGCAGAUUAUCUACCAGAUCAACUUCGAGUUCAUGCAAAUGGUGAAGGGGAGCUUUGGCGAUGACUUCUCGCGCUCGUCGCGCAUGUCCAUCAUCGAGGAGGGCGAUGUCAAGAACGUGCGCAUGGCGAAUCUGGCGAUCGUGGCGUCGCAGUGUGUCAACGGCGUGGCGGCCAUUCACUCGGAGCUCAUCAAGCAAACCAUCUUCAAGGAAUUCUAUGAGCUCUGGCCCCACAAGUUCCAGAACAAGACAAACGGAGUCACCCAGCGGCGCUGGCUGGCGUUCUGCAACCCGGGGCUGCGCGAGCUGGCGGACGAGGUGGUGGGGUCGGACGACUGGGUGUCGGACCUGGAGAAGAUCACGGCGCUCAGGAGCAAGGCGGAAGACGCCGCCUUCCAGAAGCGCUGGAGAGAGGUGAAGCAGCAGAACAAGCAGAAGCUCGCUGAUGUCAUUCUCAAGCUCACCGGUGUCAAGGUGAGCUCGGAGGCGCUGUUUGACAUUCAAGUGAAGCGCAUUCACGAGUACAAGAGGCAGCUGCUCAACGUGCUCUCAGUCAUCCACCGCUACGAAGAGAUCAAGCGCAUGUCAUCGGAGGACAAGUGCCGGGUGGUGCCCCGAGUGGACAAGUGCCGGGUGGUGCCCCGAGUGGUGCUGCUGGGCGGCAAGGCAGCGCCGGGGUACGAGAUGGCGAAGCGCAUCAUCAAGCUGAUCAGCGCCGUGGGGGAGAAGAUCAACAACGACCCCGCUGUGGGCGACCUGCUCAAGCUCGUCUUCCUGCCCGACUACAACGUGUCCCUCGCUGAGAUCAUCAUCCCUGCCAGCGAUCUUUCGCAGCACAUCAGCACGGCGGGCACGGAGGCGAGUGGCACGUCCAACAUGAAGUUCGCCAUGAACGGGGGGCUCAUCAUCGGCACCAUGGACGGCGCCAAUGUUGAGAUUGCAGAGGAGAUCGGCGAGGAGAACAUGUUCAUCUUUGGAGUGCGUGAGCACGAGGUAUCUCGCCUGCGCCGCGAGCGGCCAGGCUACAACCCAGACGGCCGCUUCACCAACGCUGUCAACAUGAUCCGCAACGGGCAGUUUGGGUGGGUGGACUACUUCGCCCCGCUAGUGCAGUCACUGGACGGGCCCAUGGGUGGCGACUUCUACCUCCUCGCCAACGACUUCCCCUCCUACCUGCAAGCCCAGGCUAAGGUGGAUGAGACAUGGCGGAACAAGGGCCAGUGGGAGAAGAUGAGCAUUCUGAGCACAGCAGGCAUGAGCAAGUUCAGCAGUGAUCGCACGAUUGCCGAGUAUGCCAAGGACAUCUGGCACGUGCAGGCCUGCAAGCUCGAUGUUGAGGCUGCUGCUGCUGCCAAGGCUGCCAAGAACGCCAAGUAA